AUGGCGUCUCAGCCAGUUGCUCACACUCGGCAAUGUCAAUAUGCGGGCGAUCAGCAGAGGAACAGCAGAUACGGACUGCGAUCCCGACCUCAGGUUUCAAGCGAUGCGUUUCCCAGCGAGGACCGUGUCCAAGGGCAUUCGUUCCACGGUUACCAUUACAAUGACCCUCGCUUUGCUGACCAGUCAUUCGAGGUCGAGUACGAUGACAACGCGCAGUAUCCGCCUGGGGAGUAUCCCGAGGCUGCGUAUCCUGGGGUCUACUAUUACGAAGACGUGGACGCAGAUACAGCUUCGACCCAAGAGCUCUUGGACUGCCCACGAGCUACUCCUGCGCAUCGACCAGCUAGUCCUCAGUGCGGAGAGGGGAAAGGGAUUACCGAAGUGGUUAAUAUGAUCGAGCAGGCCUCGAGCCAGGACCUUCGAGACAGAGUUGCAGGGGAGGAGAGUGGGAUCACAGGGGCGAGCUCAAAUCGAGGGCAUUUUGAGGACCAUACACACGGAGGUGGUCGAGUCAAGCAACAUCCAAGUGCAAAUAUCGCAGCUGAGCGUCUUUCAGCUACACUCUCUCCGAGCUCUACAGUAACAAACGUCCAUCGGUGUCGAAGCCCUGUCGAUUCCAAUCGAGGCGAUCCUGACCGGCAUGGUCCUUCCUCCGCUUCUGCCAGUUCCCAGAUCGACAAUGAGCAUCGCCGCUUCACCAGAGCUGAUGGUCUCGUGGACUCCAGCCAUACCAUAACCCCUCAGGGGAUCCGCGAUACUCCAAAUGAGAACGAUAUUCCUCGAGUCGACUCUCUCAAUGGGGUAAGAAACCCUCCAUGUAUCGGCCGCAACCGACGCGAGAAAGGUCAAUGUGAGAAUGGCCUCUCUCGCGCCAUCAAUUGCCGGUCUGUGAGUGGUCCUCCUCGACCCCAUCGUCCCGGCGAUGACCGUCCUCGUCAUUUGCAUUCUCAAAACGAAGAGGCAGACGCAGACACAGAACCCGGUCGACGAGCCAACGUCCUGCUCGUAGCGGCUGCUGGACUGGGAUUGACACUAUUUUCGGGACCCCGUGGUUCUGCAAACAGCUGGCCCCUUCCUGGUACCGACGCAGCAUCGGUCGCGACGACAACGGCCUUGAUCAUCCCACCGAUCCACUUCGACGUCUUCGCCCCCAUGCAGACAGAUUACGUCGCACAUCCCAUGCCCACCAUGGCGCCCGACCCGCUGCCAAGUUCCCACAAUCUCGACAACAGUGAUACGUCGAGAUCUAAGCUCGGGCGUGCGUCCAUGGGCUUCAUGCUCGGCGGUAUUUUCGCGGGCGUCUUAUUCCUUGUCUUGAGAUCUUUGGUCUGCAAAAGUCGACGGAGCCGGGAGUCCAUGCGAGGGGGGUGGAGAGAGCCGUUCAGCGUUUGA